AGGACCAAAGACUGAGAAAAAGAAAUAAUGAGAGAAAUAUAAAGCUAAAUAUAGACAUCAAAUCAUAAAGACUUCACAAGGACAUCUGAGGAUAUGACAGAAACAUGUUAUAAUAUCAUCAUGGGUCUACGUGACUUCCUAAAGGAGUAUAUUCACGGCUUCUGGGACUAUGAGACUCCUAAGGUGAUGGUGGUUAAGAACAGAACCCUUGGAGUGAUUUACAGGGGUGUUCAGUUUCUUGUGAUCACUUAUUUCAUCUGGUAUGUCUUUAUAAGUCAGAAAGCUUACCAAGAGAGUGAAACCCGUCCAGAGAGCUCUAUUUACACUGUCAUGAAAGGUUCAGCGGUUCAUGGAAAUGAGAUCCUGGACACUGUGGAGUACGCCCGACCCUCAGAGGGUGGCGAUGUGAUUAGCACAAUACUAAGACGAGAAUUCACAUUUGAUCAGAGACAAGGCACCUGUGCUGAGCAUUUCAGCGUUGCCAACGCCAACUGCACGACAGAUUCUGACUGCACUGAGGGGGAAGUCGACUUCAGUGGCCAUGGCAGAAGGACCGGCAGAUGUGUUCAGUACUACAACCACACCUUUAAAACGUGUGAGAUACAAAGCUGGUGUCCGAUUGAGGAAUACGCUGUAGUACGAGAACCACCAUUAGUGGAGGCCAUCAAUUUCACAGUGUUCAUCCGGAACUCUAUCCACUUCCCCAAAUUUAAAGUGCUGAGGGGAAAUACUAAAGAUGCUGUAAACAAGCGAGCCAGUAAGAGAUACCUGAAUAAGUGUCACUACGAUGAGGAGAGGGACCCAUACUGUCCCAACUUCCGCUUGGGAUACAUCGCAGCACAAGCGAGGGAAAAUUUUAGUGAGCUCUGCAGGACCGGAGGGGUGAUUGGUGUUUUCAUCAACUGGAAGUGUAACUUGGAUCUGGAUCCUUCCCACUGUAAACCCACGUACUCAUUCCGCCGCCUCGACCUCCGAAAGGAUCUGCCCAACUCUGGUUAUUAUUACAGGUUUGCCAAAUACUACAGUAAGGAUGGGGUAGAAACUCGGACACUAAUCAAAGCCUAUGGCAUUCGACUAGAUAUCAUAGUUCAUGGACACGCUGGUAAAUUUAGUCCUAUUCCAACCAUCAUCAGCACAGUUACUGCUAUGACCUCUGUUGGGAUUUGUAGCAUAAUCUGUGACUGGAUCAUGCUCACAUUUAUUGACAAGAAUGAGGUCUACAGUGAGAGAAAGUUUGAUGAAGUGAUCAAGGAGCCCACAGAUCCCAUUUCCACAGAGCUCAGCUACAUCAACAGCUUUGGCUCAAACCAUUCUGACCUGUCAGAUGGUGUACCACUGUGACAUUACCAAAAUUGCCUCCAUCUUCACUGGCCAAGUGGAUGGACUCUCCUCCACCAACUUACUGUCAGCAACAGCUCAGUGACUGACACUGUACUGCUGCUAGUGGGAAAAAAAAAAUGGAAAAAAAACAACAGAUCCCUGUGGGCAUCUUUCUAUAAGACAACUAGUUCUCUCUCUAACUUGACAUGACUUCAGAAAAUACUAACACCAUAUAGAGAAUGUGUUUAUUUUCUCAGUAUGAAAACAGCAAACCCUUUUAGUACACUGUCAUGAGAAAAAGAUUUUAAACCAUACAGCAUAUGUCCAUGUAUUGCAGGCAUUCGAUCCAACAAUAAAUACUCUUUAUUGGCUUGUAUCAAA